AUGACGACUUCAGCAAUGGCUUCUCUACAACAGCAGCAGCAGCGUCUGCUGCUGCUGUUGUUGUUGCUGCUGCUGCUGCUAGGAUUAGGAGAAGCAUAUAGGCUGUGCGCCUUGCAGCAUCGUCACCUGCAACCCCCAUUUUGCAGCAACAGCAGCAGCAUCAGCAGGAGGAGUAGCAGCAGCAUAAGCAGCAGCAGCAGGAGGGGGAGAAGGAGGACAAUCAGCAGCAUAGUCAGCAGCAGCAACAGCAGCAACAGCAACAGGCUGUUAGGCGACUUCCAGCUCCCCGAGCUGGAGCAGCAGGAGGAGCAGCAGGAAGAAGAGGAAGAAGAGGAGGAGGAGCAGCAGCAGGAAGAGGAGGAAGAAGAGGAGGAGGAAGAGUAUGAGGAAGAGGGGGAAGAAGAGGAGGAGGACGAGGAAGAGGAAGAGGAAGAGGAAGAGGAGGAAAAGGAAGAGGAGGAGGAAGAGUAUGAGGAAGAGGAGGAAGAAGAGGAGGAGGAAGAGGAGGAGGAGGAGGAGGAGCAGCAGGGACGCCGGCAGCAGAAGUCUUUCCGGCAGCAGCUAAGAGAAGCUUUUGCUGCUCCCUCUCUUGUAUCUCAUCCUCUUCUUCCUCGUAGUUUUAUGCAGCGGCAGCAGCAGCAGCAGCAGCAGCAGCAGCGGAUGCUGCAGCAGCUGCUACAGAAGCAGCAGGAGGAGGAGCAGCAGGAGCAGCAGAGGAAGCAGCAGCGGCAGCAGCAGCGGCAGCAGCGGCUGCAGCAAGUGUCCCGUAAGCUGCUGCCACAGAUGCUGCUGCUAGAGAGGGUCAUAGCAGCAGCAAGUCCUACCUCCCUGCUGCGGCUGCUGCAGCAGCAGCACAAGAAUCUUAAUGCUGAUUCUGCUGCUACUGCUGUUAUUAAGUUCGCUAAGCUGCUGCAGCAACAGCAGCAGACAACCAACGAAUACAGCAGCAGCAGCAGCAACAACAACAGAAGCAGCAGAAGCAGGGGCAUGUCCACAGAGAGUUUGUUGCAGCAACCUAUGUUUCACCGUUUGCUGCUGCUGUUGCAGCUGCAGCUAUCUCUAGGCAGCAACUUGCGGCUAUGUAACUUAGCUUGUCUUCCUUGGGCAUUCGCUAGGCUGCACAUCAGCAGCAGCAGCAAACAUGCUGCUAUUGCUGCUGAUAUUCUACGCCACGUCGAGACGCGUCUCCUUCAGCCGCCGCAGCAGCAGCAGCGUCAGGGGCAGCAUCAUCACGAACAGCAGCAACAGGAGCAGCAGGAGGAGCAGCAGCUGCUGCAGCAGCUACGCUGCAGCGGAUUAAGUUUGCUGCUAGCCUUUGCUGCAGCAGCAGCAACACCAGCAGCAGCAGCAGCAACAACAGAAACAGCAGCAGCAGGGGGAACUGAGCCAGAACCAGUUGCAGCAGAUGCAGCAGCUGCAGCAGCAACCGCAGCAGCAGCAGCAGCAGAUCCAACAGCUGCAGAAGAACCACCAGCGGCAGAUACAGCAGGCACUGAAUAUGCAGCAACAGCAGCAGAUGCAGCAGCAGCAGCAGCAGCAGCAAAAGCUGCAGCAGCUGCUGAAGACGUAGAAGGAGAUUUGUCAGGAUCCCACGAAGCUGAUAAAGCAGCAGCAGCAGCAGCAGCAGAUUGUAAAGCAACAGCAGAUGAUGAUGAUGAUGAAGCAGCAGCAGAUGCAGCAGCAGCAGCAGCAGCAAGCAACGAUAGGGAGUCAUUGCUGUCUUUGUUAGCUAAGAAAGCUGUUGCUCUCUCUGAUACAAUGAAGGGGCGCAGCAUCAGCACAGCAGCACUUGCAUUAACGGAUAUAGUCACCAAAGGGAGAAGCAGCAGCAGCAGCAGCAGCAGCGACAGCAGCAGCAUCAGCAGCAUUACUGCCAGCAAGUCUGCGUUUUUGGUUGGAGCAGCACCGCAGAUAAUCGCAAAGGCACAUACCUUUGGGCCACAGUUAUUGAGUCUCCCGAACUUCCGCUCUUUCUCGCUGCAGCAGCUCGUACUCCUCAUGUGGAGUGUGGCUAGAGUGCAGCAGCAGCAGCAGCAACAACAGCAGCAGGAACAACAGCAACCGCUGCUGCAGCAGUUGCAGCAACAACAGCAGCAGGAGAAGGAGGAGAAGCAAUGCGGGGAGUUGCUGCGGCGGCUCACUAAAGAACUUACCGCAAGAUUAAAGACAGAAAGGUUGGGGUGUCUAGACAUCGCCAUGGCUGUUGAGGCAGCAGCAGCAGCAGGCGAUUGUGCAAGGGAAGCUUUAUACGGAUUGGCGAAUCGGGCACAAUCGCUGGCAGCAGCAGAAGAAUUUACAACAAAAGAACUUCUUUGGGUUGCUGCUGGUUUUGCUGCUGCUGACUUUGCUGCUGCUGCACCCUUUUUUGCUGCUGCAGCGCAGUGUCUUGUAAAGAGGUGGGAGGGGGCCCCCUCUUUCGCAGCAGCAGCGCCUUUUCUGAUUGCUGCCACGAAAGUAUCGAGCUGCCAAGACACUGCAACUCAGCUGCUGCUGCAGCAUGCUGCUGCUGCUGUAAAAGCCUGGCCAACAACCCCUCAACAAAGCGAGCAGCAGCAGCAAAUGCAAGAGCAGCAGCAACAGCAGCAGCAGCAGCAAAUGCACCAGCGGAACGGCAGAUGCCCUAAGGAUCCAGUUUAUUCUACUGACGAAUUGGGGCUGCAUGCGUUUCGGGUGUAUCUGCAGCUUGUAAUGGCACUUGGGAGAAGUAACAGGCAGGAAAGUGUUAAGACAGAAGAUUUCCUUAAAACCCUCGAAGCAAAUCUUGAGUACUGCAGCACGGCUGAUUGGAACGAGCUGCACCAACUAGCGGAUCUCUAUGGCAUUCAGCAUCGCCCUGAAUGGGCAUCAGUAACUGCUGCUGCAGCAGGCCGCAUCCACCGCCAGAUGUUGCAGCAGCAGCAGCAUCUGCCGCAGCAGCAGCAGCAGCAGCAGCAGCAAUGGAAGAAGAUAAACAGUGCAUCAGAGUUCGAGAUAGACGAAGAUGAAUUUCUUGCAAGUUUGCGCAUGCAGUUGCCGAAGCAGCAGCAGCAAACUGCUACUGCUGCCGCAGGUAACGCUGUCUUAUCCUCUUUUAAUAUAUAA